AUGGACUUGCCAUCUUCUGAGGUCCCUCUCGCCUUUAAAUACAGAGGAACCGCGGAUUCUGCGUCCAAUGAAACAGUACAGAAUUCUCUGUGCAUAGCCCCAUUGCAAGCUCUGCCCCUUCCCUCUCCCCCAACCACCAUGGCUUUUUGCGGCUCCUUCGUCAACUCAAGCCAGUCGAUCCCUCUGAGCCGUAAAAGUCCUCCGGCUCCAAUUCAUGGUGGCAGAAAGCAGUUCUUUGUGAGGUCUUCUGCGAAUAGCUCUGACGAGGAAGACAGGACGAUUAUAAAGAAAGAGGAUGAUGGGUGGAAGAUUCAUUUCUCACAGCAGAAACCGGCAACGCCAUUGCUGGACACUAUCAACUACCCUGUUCAUAUGAAGAAUCUGUCCACAGAGGAUCUGAAGCAACUCGCAGCUGAGUUGAGGGCAGAUAUCGUACACUCUGUUUCAGAAACUGGAGGGCAUCUUAGCGCAAGCCUAGGUGUAGUAGAGCUCGCAGUGGCCCUGCAUCAUGUUUUUAACACCCCUGAUGAUAAAAUCAUAUGGGACGUUGGGCACCAGGCGUACCCACACAAAAUCCUCACAGGUCGGAGGAACAAGAUGAAUACCUUAAGGAAAACUUCUGGGUUGGCUGGAUUCCCCAAGAGGGACGAAAGUGCUCAUGACGCUUUCGGGGCAGGACAUAGUUCGACAAGCAUAUCUGCUGGUCUUGGGAUGGCUGUUGGGAGGGAUCUUAAGGGAAGGAAGAAUAACGUCAUUUCAGUGAUUGGGGAUGGGGCUAUGACUGCUGGACAAGCUUAUGAAGCCCUGAACAAUGCUGGGUUCCUCGAUAUCAACUUCAUCAUCAUUCUUAAUGACAACAAGCAAGUCUCUUUACCAACUGCCACCCUUGACGGCCCUGCAAAACCAGUUGGAGCACUCAGUGGUGCUUUAAGCAAGAUCCAAGCCAGCAAGAAAUUCCGCAAACUCAGAGAAGCUGCAAAAAGCAUCACAAAGAAAAUAGGAGGGCAAACACAUGAAGUUGCAGCGAAAGUGGAUGAGUGUGCAAGAGGGAUGGUCAACGCUAAUGGGUCAACUUUUUUUGAGGAGCUAGGGGUGUACUAUGUCGGGCCCUUGAACGGCCAUAAACUGGAUGAUCUGGUCGACGUUUUGCAGAAAGUGAAAGCCACGCCGACACCAGGUCCUGUUCUGGUACAUGUUAUCACAGAGAAAGGGAAGGGAUAUGCCCCAGCAGAAGCAGCGGCUGAUAAAAUGCAUGGUGUUGUUAAGUUUGAUCCGAAAACAGGCGAACAGUUCAAACCAAAAUCUCCUACACUUUCCUUUACCCAGUACUUCGCUGAAUCUUUGAUCAAAGAAGCCGACGAAGAUGACAAGAUAGUGGCUAUUCACGCGGCAAUGGGUGGUGGAACUGGUUUAAAUUAUUUUCAGAAAAAAUUCCCAGAUCGCUGCUUUGAUGUUGGCAUUGCUGAACAACACGCAGUCACAUUCGCUGCUGGGUUAGCCACUGAGGGUCUCAAACCAUUCUGUGCCAUUUAUUCAACAUUCCUUCAACGAGGAUACGAUCAGGUGGUCCAUGAUGUGGAUCUUCAGAAACUACCUGUCCGGUUUGCUAUGGACCGAGCCGGAUUGGUUGGUGCAGAUGGACCGACUCAUUGUGGAGCUUUUGAUAUCACUUACAUGGCUUGCCUUCCCAAUAUGGUGGUAAUGGCUCCUUCUGAUGAAGCUGAACUGAUGCACAUGGUUGCAACUGCGGCGGCCAUUGAUGACCGGCCAAGCUGUUUUAGAUUUCCAAGAGGAAAUGGUGUUGGAGCUGUUUUGCCUCCCAAUAACAAAGGAACCCCACUUGAGAUCGGGAAGGGAAGAAUACUGAUAGAAGGAACCAGAGUUGCAAUUCUUGGAUACGGUGCAAUGGUCCAGCAAUGUCUGCAAGCUGCAAAACUGCUGGAAACACAAGGUGUAUCUGUCACAGUUGUUGAUGCGAGGUUUUGCAAGCCUCUUGAUACUGAUCUGAUUAAGCAAUUAGUGAAGGAGCAUGAAAUUCUGCUCACAGUGGAAGAGGGUUCUAUAGGAGGCUUUGGGUCUCAUGUUUCCCGAUACCUGAGCUUGGCCGGCUUUCUAGAUGGACCCCUCAAGUGGAGAGCUAUGGUGCUUCCUGACAGAUAUAUCGAUCAUGGAUCGCCCCAAGACCAGAUUGAGGAAGCUGGUCUUUCAUCAAAACACAUUGCUGCAACUGUCUUGUCUCUUCUGCAGGGGCCUAAAGAAGCUCCCCUAGUGUUCAAGUAA